CUAUUUUGUCAACACGAGCUAAAUAAAAUGCCACAGCCAAAAGGAAACACUACAAAAACUUAUUUAAUAAAUACAUAUGUCAUCUGAUUAUGCAAGUUACAGCAAAAAACGAGACCAGGAGACUCACACGCCGAUGCUAAAAGUCUUUAAAGACAUGAUGAACAAGAAAGAUAAUGAGAUUGAUCCAGAAAGGGUGAGCUUGUUGAAGGAUAAUAAGUCGGUAAAGAAUCCAAAGUCAUACCAUGUUCACCAUCAGCGGGAAGACAGUAUGGAGCACGAUAAUUCAGAAGAGACGAACAGCACAAACUACGAGUACUUGCGGAGGCACGGCGACGCGGGAAGGGCGGUGGGCGACACCGACUUUGAAGUCUACAAAUGUAGAAAAGAUUGCCCGAUAAAUCGUAAGCCCGAAAAGAAGAAAAAGGAGAAAGAUAAACUUGCAGUGGCUGUUAAGAGAGGAUGCAAGUGUCGGAAGCACCGACAAGGCAGCCAGUCCACGCAGACAUCGGUCUCCAAGACGUCCACCGAUAGUGAAUCAACACCACCAUCAAAACCGGACCCAAAGGUUGAGGAAGCGAAACGGAAAGCAGAAAGAGAUAGAAAAGCGGCGGAAGCAGCUAAGAAAGAAGCGGCAAAGAAGGCUGAAGCUGAAGCUAAGGCUAAGAAGGAGGCAGCAGCAAAGAAAGAAGCAGAGAAAAAAGAGGCAGAGAGAAAAGAAGCGGAGAGAAAGGAAGCGGAGAGAAAGGAAGCGGAGAGAAAGGAAGCGGAGAGAAAGGCAGCAGAGAAAAGAGCAGCAGAGAGAAGAGAAGGAGAGAGAAACAGAGCCGCCGCCGCCGCUGCUGCGAAGAAGAAAUCCAAGUCUGACUCUUUCUCUGAUUGUGGUUCUGAUUUCAAAUGCUAUUUCAGGAAGCUCUUCGACAAGCUGGACCACCGGGCCCUGUGCGUGCUGUUGAUCAUCGCCAUCAUCAUCGUUUGCAAGCAGUCGGGGCAGUCCUGCAUGAACCAGCUGCAGAACAGCGGGCCUUGGAGCAACCAGAGGCCUAGUGUGGGAGGGCUCCCUGCGCCAAUAAAUGUGCCGAACAUGGUGGCUGGUCCAGGAAUGAUGAGUGCUGUGAGGAAGAACUUCACCCUGAAGAGAGCCAAGCCGCUGGUGCAGACCUGGAGCGUCGUGGAUGAGGAGGGGGAACAGGAGAGAUACCUUGCGCGGAGAGACGUGGGAAGUGCUCACAAAAUCAAGCAUCAUGACUACACGGGGGAUGCAUACGAAGGAACGGAUGUCUCAUCGCGUUCCAGUAACAAGUACGGGGAUUCAGCACAAAAAGGUGGGUUAAUGCCGAGAAGCGAUAUCUUCAGUCGACUCAACUUUAAUGCGUUGGAGGAGGACUCUUGCAGCAAAAGAUUAAGAGAUUUCUAUCAAAGACUUUUAAAAGUAGAUGCUGAAUUAGAGAAUAUGAAGGUUGAAGAAAAAAUACCUGAAAAUAGGUACAAAAUUCGUGAAAAACGUUCGUCUCGUGAUAUGAUAAAGAGGAACAUUAGUGAUACAAAAAUAUUUGAAAAACCCGAUGAUAUUAAUAGUGUAAAAAUCAAUUCUGAGUACAAAAUCGAAGAAAUAGGUGAUAAUACGAAUAAAGAAAGACGGAACAUAGAAAUAACAAAUAAUGCUACGCCUCCAAAGACUAUUGGAAAUAAGACUGUGACAGUUGAAGUAUUAGAUAAGGAUGAUAAUGAGAAAACUUCCGCAACAAGUGUUAAAUUGCACGACAAAUCACUGAAACAUCAUAAAAAGCCAUUCAAACUUGAAGAUGUUUUUAGUAAAAUGAUCGAUAAAUAUCCGAAAAAUACUCCAGAGACUUUAUUGGAAAUAGAGGAAGCUGACACUACAGAGGGAAAAAUUGAUUUAGAUAGUGUUUCAAAAAUACUUGAUGCGAAAUUAAAAAUGAAUGACGAAAUGCAGCAACUGUUAUUGAAAUCUAAAACUGACGAAGCUAUAGAUAGAAAAGUUGAUAACUCUGGAAGUUAUAACGAAAACUACAUAGGCUUGCCAUGGUUUUAUUUUUCAAGUUUCGUUACUGCAUCUACAACUGCUGAGCCACGUGUGGAAAAACUUUCACUCCGGAAAAUCCUGCAGGCUGAUGAUGACUAUACUGAUUCAAUGGAAUAUGUGGAAGCCGAUGAUCACAAUAUCAAUCAUGAUGAUCUAGUUAAGCUUAACAAUAUGGAAAUACCGGCUGUUAGAAUAUACAGAAGAGUACCCCAUUAUGAUGAUGAUGAUGAUGAUGAUGACGUAAGCGAUGAAAAAUCUAGGACUAUUUUCGAACCCAAAGGUCCAGCUUCUUCAAACAUAUUACAAGUUCUCAAUAACCCAAACUGGAAGGGGCCAUUGCCUUUAUAUCCUGACGAAGUCACAUCUAUGUCUAAGGCACCACCUCCCGAACCAGCACCAGAUGUAGUAGAUGAUGAACUAAAUUUAAACGAUCUAGAUCUAAUAAAUGACGUAAACUUAAAUGGAGGGCUUCUUUAUGGAGAGCAAAAGUUAGACAUGAAAGACAUUAAAGCUAUGGAAGAGAGACUGAACGAUAUCAGAAACAAAGACCCUGAUAAGAAGAGUAAUAUAACGGAUAACGAUAGAUUCUACUAUAAAGCGAAGUUUUGUAACAAAUAUGCUGAUGAGAAGGUCAACGAAGAUGAUGCAGCAAAUUCUGAGGAAUCAAUAAGUAUAAAUCAUCAAAGAAGCGCGCAGGCUUAUAGUGAUUAUGGUGUUUUAGAAAGUGAUCAUAAAGAUCCCUGUUUAAAAAACUCACACUCUUACACAAAAAACGCCAUAUUGUAUGACGCAAUGGAAUUUGUUACACCAUCUGGAGGCCUGCCCCCGAACCAAGAUAAGAAUGUUAUUAACAAAAUUCAGAGUAUGUUAAAAUUAUUCUCUCACAGGGAUAAACCAGCUGAAGUUAAAGUAACAGCCGCUUGUAACAAUAGACCCAGGCUAAACGAUGUAGAAAUAAAGCCAAGCCUUAAAACCCAGGUUAAAAGAAAAAUAAAUACAUUUCACCGUAGACGUCUCAAAUCCUUGAAUUAUCAAGACAACAUUAAUGAUAUAACAUAUUCUACUACGGAGCAUAACGAUCCGAAAAUCCAAGACCACUACAAUUUUGGAAUUGAAUACAAUUAUAUCGAAUUAUUUUCAAAUUACAACUACCAAUUACAAGCAGAUGAAGAUUUAGAUACAAGAAAAAACGUAGCCACCAAUGAUGAUGCUGUAAAAAAUGAUAUUUUGAGUUUACCUCAGAAUGUUGUGGUUAAUAUGAAAAAUAACAUUAGCAAAACGGAGAAUCAUAACAGUUCGUUGAAGGACAUCAAGCUCAUGAGUAAAACCCAAGAUCAACUAACAUCAAAUAUUUCAACUCAUGAACAUCAAAAUUUUACCGAUACCAUGACUCAUUCUGGGUACAAGAAGUUUUAUACUGAUUGGUUAAGUCUGCUAACAAAGUUCCUGCUAAAAAAAGUUGAGAACGGUGAAAAUGAAAAUAUAGUUACGGCAAAAUUGAAUCUUAGCAAUUCAAACAAUACCCAAAUUGGACAUGUGUCAAGGAAUUUAAUGUCGAUCAGUGAUGAAGAAAACACAAAUCAUAUUGUCAAAUCUCCAAUCUUCGGAAACAUUACCCCUUCACCUGAAGUGUCUGUUGAAAUCAAAGCGUUAUCGGAUGAUUUAUACUCGCAUCCAAUAAGCGUAUCACCAACCACGAUCUACGCGCCAAACGUAACACAGGAAAUCGUGAAAAGGGACGGAGAUACGGCGGAGACAGCGACAAAAGCAGAGGCGUCAAACAAAACAAUUGUGAAAAGACAAGCGCCCCUUGCUGGUUCUGGCAUUAUAUUCUGGAAUGACAUGUAUGAUGAUGAGUAUCAGCAGGAUUAUAACGUAAAGGGUGGUAUGGAGGACCGAGUCGGUAGUGUCAGGGUCAGUCGCUCCAAGAAGAAACACAAGAAGGAGAAAUCUAAGAAAACUCAAACGGACAAGCCCUCCAAACUGCACUGGCUGAAGAGCAAGCUCCGGCGCGCGAGGAAGAAGAUGAAGCAUGCGAAAGAAGCGUCGCUGGACAAGGCGGCUCGGUACUCGCAGACCUCGGGGCCCAGCCUGCGGGUGCAGCGGCAGCUGGACCGGGGAGACUUGUCGUAUUUCCAAGGCGAAACUAGAUCACCAUCUUCAACCACCGAAGCGUUGAUUGAAGAUGAAUUUGAUACUAACACAGAUGAGGACGUAAAUUCGAAGAUGAGCUUCUCCCUGCUCACUGCCCACAUGCAGGAGGUUGUCAAACAAGCGGCACACGCUGUGGAACAGGGAACGAAGAAUGUCAAAGUAAGAGAAAACAAAGUGGAGAGUGAGCUGCCGGACUCCCUCAUGGAACAACUAGUGAAGGUGAUGACGGAAAUCAUUGACAACCAAGUGGAGGACAAGACUUGUCUGCAACUACCGUCAGAUCUUCGUGAAUUCCUUGCCCAGCUGACAGCCAAUCAGAAUGCAGAAGAACCGAGCAAAAAUACUGAUUACUUCAAGAAUACAUUUGUAGAAAUGAAAGAUCCGGAAAUUGAUGCUGAAGCUAACACCUUUUCACCAUCAAAUGUCAAAUACAUGGAGACUCUUGGAAAAAUUGAAGGUCUACAAGAAGAUUAUGACCAUUUACGGAAGGAUGAAAAGAAUCGAUUGUUUGGAGUCAAGUCAUAUUUGGAGGAACAAGAGAAAUUUAUCCGGGACCGUUUAGACGAUAAUAAUGCUAUGAAUUUGAAAAAAAGCCCUGAAUCAGUCUUGCGAAUAAGAAGAGACACUGAACUGAAUGAAAACUUGAAAACAAGUGAGAAUAACACCAUAACUAAUAAUAAUAUUUUAGGUAAUAAAACGGAUAGUGCUGUUUCUUGUAAAGACUCAAACGAUAAAACAAAUGACGGUGUACAUGCAUCACAUUUUAAAGUAGAAAAACAACAUUUUGCAAAAGAAGAUAUCGCAGCAAAAACAUUCAAUUCUACUAAAAAAUGUAGCGUUGUAGAUGACAUUGAUUCCAAAUUGAAAGAUAGAGAAGAAGAUACUGCUAUUAGAAAUAAAGUAGAUGGUAGUAAGAGGGUAGAUAAAAGGAGCCUUCAGAACGUUUACUACAGAGCAGUAUCUGAAGCAAGCAAGAACUAUACCACAAAAGGCAGCGCUAACAAUUAGGAGUUCGUGUCACAUAAUACCUAAGUAUAUUAAGGUGAAAUUUGCAAUUUUUAUAAUACAGAAGCACCUAAGGCGCUCCGCUCACUGCACGAGAGUCGAGGCAGUGACAAAGAGGCGUGCCACCGCCAAGCCUUCUCUAUAUUUUCAUAUGCAAGCCCAGGUCGACGCUUACUGAAGAAGUUGAGGUGCAGGAGAGGCGAGAACUUGACAUUGUAAAUGAGAUAAAUACCCGACGCCGCCGCGACACUGCUUCGCCACGACUCUAGCAGUGGGCGGAGCGCCUAACACUUUGCAUGAUUCCUAUUUUGUGUAAUGCUUACAACUAUAUUUAAAGAUUCUUUUUUUACAAAACAGAGUCCAAUUGUAUUUGUAUUGUAUCUGACUUAGUAAACGCUAAGCAAUAUAUUAGUUAAAACUCAGUUAUAUUCUGUUAUGUACUGUCUAAUGUUUAAUUUGUGGUACUGUUUCCUUAGCUAAGUUUUAUAUUAUGAAGAAGAUGUACGUAUGUUUAUAGUUAGAUUUACAUUAUUUUUAUGGAAUUUUGCACUGCAAUAAACCUUAUUAAUUAUAAAUUA